AUGGCUCUCCCACCCACUGCGGACUCUCGUAUGGCCAUCCCAGCUGAAUACUGCACGACCAACAGCACCAAUGAUCGAGCUUCUUUGACGCCCACGCCUGCUGCUACGUUGGGUCGUGCCAUGGGUGCAUCUGCGGGUACUGUUCAGGAGGAAAAGGAGUCCCGGAGGAGUAGCUUCGGCGAGGCGCAGCGUCAUACACACGGCUCAUCUUCGCGACGCGGUGGCAAGGUUAGAAUUACGUUGGGGAUUAGUAUGAAGCAAGGCGCGUUGAAGUGCUUGCCCGAGGCUUUCAAAGAGUUUGCGAGUGGCGUCGAAGACCAGAGUCUUCGCCGUUCUGCGAGAACAAAGGAGCAGUGGAAGCCAGCUCCUCACGAAAAGAAGUAUUAA